GCGAGCCGCCCUCCAUCCACCAUUGAAUAGAUCAGCCAUGGCGACGGCGAGCACCGACUUAUUCGUGGGCCUCGGUGAGGGCGAGGGCGAGGGCGAGGGCGAGGGCGACGGCGCGGGGUUGGUGAUGCUCACCGGGGAGAACACGGGCGCGGUGACGAAGGCCGACAGCCGACUACUGCAGCAGCUGGCGGUGGAUACGCAGGGCGAGAUGCGGGCCGAUGAGGCCUCGCUAAGCGCGUUCGCCAACAGCAACUACCAGGCCGUGAACAACUCGGUGGUCGUAGGCGGGCGCUGCGCCGUGGAGGACCCCGGCGUCCACAUCGAGAUACUGGAGAACGACGACGAGGAGGAUGACGGAGGAUCAGAUGUAGACGAAGAGACUGCGAGCAAGGAAGACGAAUCAUCGAACUGAGAGGCUGAAUUUUCUUAAGCUCGCGAUGCUCCACAAUGGAGAAAUCAUUGCCGCUAGCUACUCGUUAUCAUUUUCAUGCUUAAUUCCUUCUCUCUGGUCAAGUGAUGAACAAUUCAACCUAGCAAUAUAAUAAUGUUACUCGUGUCAAGAAAACGACCAAAAUUUCGAUGGAAUUCAAAGUAUUGACUAUAUAAACUUUUAAAAAAAUUAAAACU